AUGUCUGACUUUGGAGAUGAUGAUGGUGGUGCUGGCGUCGACGACACCAUGUACGAGGAGGAUGAGAUGAACGACUACUUCGAGCCGGAGGUCCAGAAUGGAGACGAGGAGGUAAACCAGGGCGGCGAGAACGGUGACGACCAGGAUAACGUUGUGCUCUCAGGAGACCCUUCUGCCGUUGCCAACGCCGUGAAGAACGGAGAAAAGUCAGUCAAAGACAAAAAGAUCCCCGAAGCCGAGCGCAACACCACCCCGUACAUGACCAAGUAUGAACGUGCGCGUAUCCUGGGCACACGUGCUCUACAGAUUAGUAUGAAUGCGCCCGUGCUGGUCGAUUUGGAGGGCGAAACCGAUCCUUUGCAGAUCGCGAUCAAGGAACUCCGAGAGAAGAAGAUUCCUCUGAUCGUGCGACGGUAUCUCCCUGAUGGAUACUACGAGGAUUGGACCUGCGAAGAACUCCUCCAAUGA